AUGGCAUCAAUGCCGACUCGUCAAUUGGGAAAGAAUGGACCCCGCGUAUCGGCCAUCGGUUUUGGAGCGAUGGGUCUUUCAGCAUUCUACGGGACCACUGCCACGGACGAAGAACGGUUCAAGGUCAUCGACCGGGCGAUUGAACUCGGUAGCACGUACAUUGAUAGUGCAGAUAUCUAUGGCGACAAUGAAGAUUUGCUCGGAAAAUACUUCAAGAAGUAUCCACACCAACGUGCAAAGGUGAGUCAAAAACAACCAUUUAUAUUGUGA